CGAGAUUUGACCCACGUGGUAGUACAUCGCUCUGCUAUUCAGAGGCUAAAAAAUUGUGCGCGUCUUGAACUUUAUAACAUGUGGAACGUUGCAAGGAUAUCGGGGAGACAUCUCCAACAGAGUGGUAGCUUAUUCAGACAUUCAUUUCAACACAGAAGCUUCUCUAGCCUCAUUAAUAAGGAACCAUGGGUGUGUACAGAAUGUCAACCUCUAAGACACUACAGUUCAGAUACAGUGAAGGGAGCUGUUGCGGGUAUCGACCUGGGUACUACAAAUUCAUGUGUUGCCGUCAUGGACGGGAAAAUGCCAAAAGUUUUAGAAAAUGCUGAAGGUGCUCGCACAACGCCCUCGGUGGUGGCUUUCUCAGCAGAGAGUGAACGUAUUGUCGGUAUGCCUGCAAAACGUCAAGCUGUCACAAAUCCAAAAGGAACAUUUUCAGCAACAAAGAGACUGAUUGGCCGGCGGUUUACUGACGCCGAAGUACAAAAAGACAUAAAAACAGCAUCAUUUGAUAUAGUGAAAGCUUCCAAUGGCGAUGCAUGGGUACAGGCGCAUGGUAAAAUGUACUCACCAAGUCAGAUUGGUGCCUUUGUUUUAAUAAAAAUGAAAGAAACUGCCGAGAAUUAUAUUGGGCAGCCAGUGAAAAAUGCAGUUAUUACAGUACCAGCAUAUUUCAAUGAUUCACAAAGACAGGCAACCAAAGAUGCCGGUCAGAUUGCAGGACUAAACGUUUUGAGGGUAAUCAACGAACCUACAGCCGCAGCAUUAGCAUACGGAAUGGACAAAACAGACGACAGAAUCAUCGCUGUAUAUGAUUUGGGAGGCGGUACGUUUGAUAUUUCCGUACUGGAAAUUCAGAAAGGUGUGUUUGAGGUGAAAUCCACAAAUGGCGAUACAUUCCUCGGUGGUGAGGAUUUUGACAACAUGUUGGUCAGCUUUCUGGCGCAAGAAUUCAAAAGAGAUCAAGGUAUUGAUGUGACGAAAGAUAACAUGGCUGUUCAACGUCUCCGAGAAGCAGCAGAAAAAGCUAAAAUAGAAUUAUCGUCAGCCAUGCAGACUGAUAUCAACCUCCCAUAUCUCACCAUGGAUGCUACGGGACCAAAACACAUGAACUUGAAAUUGACAAGAGCGAAGUUUGAAUCAUUAUCAGACGCAUUAAUAAAAAGGACAAUACAGCCCUGUCAGAAAGCGAUUCAGGAUGCAGAAGUCUCAAAGAGCGAUAUCAAAGAUGUUAUAUUAGUCGGUGGAAUGACAAGAAUGCCCAAAGUUCAACAAACCGUUACUGAAGUUUUUGGCAAGGUGCCAAGUAAAUCAGUCAACCCAGAUGAGGCUGUUGCUAUGGGCGCAGCAAUUCAAGGUGGUGUACUUGCUGGUGAUGUCACUGAUGUUCUCCUUUUGGAUGUUACACCAUUGUCAUUAGGUAUUGAAACAUUAGGCGGUGUUUUUACAAAACUAAUCAACAGAAAUACGACGAUACCAACGAAAAAGAGCCAGGUGUUCUCAACGGCUGCAGAUGGACAGACACAAGUAGAAAUUAAAGUGCAUCAAGGUGAACGAGAAAUGGCGACAGAUAACAAACUCUUAGGACAGUUUCAGCUUAUCGGCAUUCCACCUGCACCCCGCGGUGUCCCUCAAAUUGAAGUGACGUUUGACAUCGAUGCUAAUGGUAUUGUCAACGUUUCCGCUAGAGAUAAGGGAACUGGAAAGGAACAACAAAUUGUUAUUCAGUCUUCUGGUGGUCUUAGUAAAGAUGAGAUUGAAAACAUGGUCAAGAGAGCUGAACAGUAUGCCGAGGAAGACAAGAAGAAGAAGGAACAAGUGGAAGCUGUUAAUAAAGCUGAAAUGAUUAUUCACGACACAGAAACAAAAAUGGAGGAAUACAAAGAUCAACUACCAUCAGAAGAGGCUGCUAAACUGAAAGAAGAAAUCACCAAAGUUAAAGAAAUCCUUGCUAAAAAGGAUGAGGAGGCACCGGAAAAUAUCACGAGUGCCGUCAAUAAUUUGCAACAAGCAUCAUUAAAACUCUUUGAAGUGGCGUACAAAAAGAUGGCGCAAGAAAAGGACCAAUCAUCUGGUAGCAGUGACAGUAGCAGCACCGAUGCGAGUAGCAAUGCAAGCAGUGAAGGUGACAAGAAAAAGGAAGAAGAAAGCAAAUAAUUACCCAUCUGUAAAAACAUUUGUCACCAGAGGGCGCUGUAACAUAUUUCAAACUAUGUUCGCUGAUAUAGUUAGCCAUCAAUUGAGGAGCGAAUAGAAUGACUGGAGAUAUUUCAGCAUGUGUGGCAUGUUAUUAGACAUUAAUAAUAUUACUUUGCAAAAAAAUGUGUAUAAAUAAUAGUCCUAUAAAUUGUUUACAUGACUAGCCCUACUUUCUCCGCAACAUGAACUGUAUUUUACUCCUGCCAUAUAGUACAUUUCUGUAGUUCUGUACUAUAACAGAACGUGUUACAUGCACGUUGUGUUAAUUAUAAAAAUCCAGGGUAUUAUGCUUGCACUUGAAUUGCGGACUUAAAGUUAUGUGACCUCUUCCAAGUUCUUAAAGGUUUGUAUUUAGCUGCAGUAAAGGGAACAAGACUUUGCAUCAUACGAUAUUACCAUGGAAACAAUAUCUGCUAUUUAUUUAUGUUUCGUACAUAUAGUUGAAAUUGUUUAUCACAAGAAACAAAUUUUGAAUGAAACUUGCAUUUGAUUCAAAUAUAAUGCCAUCGCAAUGUCUUUUACAAGCAAUAUGAAUGCGUUUCAUUUAGUACGGCUCCGACUUGUGUAUUUAAUGCUUGAAUAUAUCUAAAAAAUAUUACAUACAUAGUUCGAAAUGUAUUUGUCUGCUAUGAGCGUUUUUACAUUGUCAUAACAAUGACUCUAUUUGUGUAUUGCCCAACUUUGUAUAAAUUUUGUGUGAAAAAAACAAGAUAGUAAAAUGUAUUAGAUCAAUGGGUUGAUUUUUGUAUGAAUGACUAGAUUAAAACGGCAAAUCAAAGAAAGCUUAGAAAGAA